UCUCAUUCCAUUGUUCAUCAAUUUUCGCAUUGCACCUUUCAUUUGCAACCGUACAAAAGGAAGAAGAACCCACGGGCCGGACUCUCUCUUCGUUCCGUUCCGCGCACGGCGAUCGCCCGGGGAUGUGCCCUUCCGACAGGAACCUCCGCCGGGAUGCCCCGGCGAGGCCCCACCUCAGGUCGGCGUUCGACGUCCUCGACGCCGACCGCGACGGCAAGAUCAGCAGCGACGACCUCCGCUCCUUCUACGCCGGGUUCUCCGGUGGGGGCGGGGGCGGGGGCGACGAGGACGUCCUGGCGACGAUGAUGGCGGUCGCGGACGCGAACCGCGACGGCUUCGUGGAGUACGAGGAGUUCGAGCGCGUGCUGGGCGGCGGCGUCGGCGGCGGGGACGGCGCGGGGAAGACGAGGGGGGGCUCGAGGAGGACGCGGUCGUCGCCGCCGCCGUCGCCGGCGGGGGGGCUCAUGGAGGACGUGUUCAGGGUCAUGGACAAGGACGGGGACGGGAGGCUGAGCUGCGAGGACCUGAGGAGCUACAUGGUGUGGGCGGGGCUAGACGCGAGCGAGGACGAGAUCAAGGCGAUGAUCAGGCUGGGCGGCGGCAACGAGACGGAGGGCGUGUCGCUCGAUGGGCUGAUGAAGGUUUUGGCCGUCGACGACGGCUUCUUCUGAGGGUUCUUUUCCUUUUUCUUCAUUCCUUUUUUUUUUUUUCUCUCGGGGCCCAAAGAAGGAUUUUUCAAGCCUAUUUUUAUUGCGUGAUGCUGGAUAUUAGGUUGGAGCUGCUGACGUGGAAUAAAUUUUUGCUUAAAAUUAGCAGAACAUGUUUGUGAAAUUAGUAAAAAUUCAGCGCGCAAUGUAAUAUAUAUUGUCUCUCCACUGUAUGAUCCUACGUUCUUCCGAAUUGUUUAUGAUAAUUGGCUUUAAUUUAUUCGAA